GUUUCAGAGAAAAGUCCUCGAAUUGGGCCAAUUACUAAAUAAAAGCUUAGGCCUACUGCACGAAAUGAAUACUCGCGCCAGCCGCCGCCUUCUUCCGACGCAGCGUCGGUGACGCUUCCCCCGGCUCGCGUCAGCUCCACCCCGCUUCAUUAAAGGUUUAAUUAAAACAGCCCGCCGAGCGCCCCCCCCCCCCCCCCCCCCCCCCCAACACCGGUCAGACGAUUCGGAAUCUCAGAUCAGGAUAAGACAAAAUGACGAUAAUAGGUCGCCGCCUACAAAGAUUUGCAGAGCGGAUGAUACUGCAGCUCGCUUUACCAACCGCCGCAACGCCUGCUUUACCCACCACCUUAUCCGGUCUGAAUUUACGCUCCUCCGCUACCAUGAGCGCCGGGGGUAUCGCCGCCGCACCUCUAGACGCCGUUUUCAAGGAGAAAAAGGCGCUUCGCUCCAGAGUGAGAAAGGAACUCAAGUCAAUGGACCCCGCGCUCAGAUCUCAAGAAGAUGAUGCAAUCCAGCGUGUGGUUUUGGAGGCUCCUUGGUUCAAGUCUUGUACAAGACUCUGUGCCUAUAUCAGCUGUGCUGCUUUAAGAGAAGUUGAUACUUCCAAAGUGUUGUCUGAAAUCUUGAAGAACACAGCCCAAGAUGAUCAUUCGCAGGUGAGAAAGAAGCUCUAUGUUCCGAGGGUGGAAGACAAGAAUAGUUUCAUGAGGAUGUUGAACAUCACUAGGAUGGAUGAUUUGAUUGCAAACUCUAUGGAUAUUUUGGAACCACAACCUUGCGAUGCUGAAGGGAAUGAACGUGAAGACGUCAUGCUUGCAGAUGAACCUGUAGACUUGUUUCUUUUACCUGGGCUUGCUUUUGAUAGAUCUGGUAGGCGCAUUGGCCGUGGUGGAGGUUAUUACGACACCUUCCUUACGAAAUAUCAAGAGCUUGCAAAGGACCGAAAGUGGAAGAAACCUCUAUUUGUUGCUCUUUCUUAUUCACUGCAAGUAUUGGAAGAUGGUGUUAUACCCAUUACCCCCAACGAUGUCCCCAUCGAUGCUCUUGUCUCAGCCUCCGGGGUGAUCCCCAUUAGUCGAGCAGCCAGUGAGAUGCGUAUGUGAUGAAGGUAUGACUGCUGCAUCACCUCACCAGCUUUAUUUGCUGGGUUGCAUAAACAACAUAUGAUAAGGAAAUUUGGAAAUUGUUGCUGGAUAAAUUACUCUUUAACACAACUAUGUAUCACAUCUCUAUUUCAUAUUUCCUGACUUUUUACUGAAUAUCACAUAUUUAUACAGUUUAGUUAUUUAUGUUA